GCUCUUCACUCACGCAAACUGUUUGCUCAGUACACAGUCGUUACUUUGUUUCCGCCUUUUUCGUUUCCUUGUUUCUUUUCUUCCCACCCUUUUACAUUCGUUUCUGAGUAAGCAUGAAGUUCUUCUCAACCACUGGAGCUGUGCUCUUGGCUGCUUUUGCGGCAAAAACCGCGAACGGUAUUGAAUUUGAUCCUGAGGACGAAGCGUCCAUCCUUGCCGUCACCCGACAAUAUGCGUACAGCUUGAUGUCGCUCUACAAAGGCAAUGCUACAGGUCUUCCAAAGCAAGAUAUCGGCAUUUGGCCACAGCCCCAUUACUGGUGGGAGGGUGGUGCCGCGUGGGGAGGUGUGAUUGAAUACAGCGAGAUCAGCGGCGACGAUUCGCAUGUCAAGGCGCUCCAGCAAGCAUUGACUGCCAAUUACGGACCCAAGAACGACUUCAUCUUGGACUAUCGCAGGAGCCAGACGGGCAGCGACGAUGAAUGUUUUUGGGCAAUCGCCGCUAUGAGUGCACUCGAGUAUCAGUUCCCAGAGCCUUCACAAGCACCUGCAGACUAUCUUGAAGUUGCCACUAGCUCAUUCAACAGCAUUGUUGGACGGUGGAAUGAUACCACCUGCGGUGGCGGCCUGAAGUGGCAGAUCUAUCCCGAAAACACCUAUGGAUACUACUACAAGAACGCAAUCUCCAAUGGCUGCGCCUUUGGGCUUGGUGCACGUCUUGCCCGCUACACGGGCGAGCAAAAGUAUGCGGAUUGGUCUGCGAAGAUAUAUGACUGGACCGAGAGCGUCGGCCUCAUCACCGACCAAUUUGAAGUGUUUGACGGAACCGACGACAAGACCAACUGCUCCAAGGUAGCGGAUGAGACCCAGUGGACUUACAACAACGCCAUGUUUCUUCAUGGAUCAGCAUACAUGUACGACUUCACCAAUGGAGACAAGCUCUGGCAAGACCGCACAGCCGGUUUCCUCAAACAUGCUGAGGCACUCUUCUUUGGCCCUUACGAGAAUGCCACCGACAUCAUGUACGAGUGGGCAUGUGAGACGGGCGAGUCCGGAAGGCACUGCAACCUUGACCAACAGUCUUUCAAGGCUUAUCUCUCUCGCUUUAUGGCCAAGACUGCAUUGUUGGCUCCCUUCACCAAAGACUCCAUUAAGAAGUAUCUCACAGCCUCUGCGGUUGGCGCUGCAAAGUCUUGCUCUGGAGGCCCAGAUGGAAAGACUUGCGGCAGCAAGUGGUACACAGGAGGCUGGGACGGUACUUCUGGUGUAGGCCAGCAGCUGUCUGCACUUGAGGUCACCCAGGCGCUUCUGCAGAUCAAGAAGAACCUGCUUCCCGCGAAGAAGAACGCCGCAAAGCCCCCCACGAACUCUACGCCAACUCCCACGCCAACUCCACAGCCUACUCCUGAACCUACUCCUGAACCUACUUCUGAACCUAUCCCCGAACCUACUCCUCAACCCACUCUUGAAUCUAAACCAGAGCAAGCGCCAACGCCUGAAGCGCCAUCAAGUGCGCCGCUUGCUUCGCCAAGUAAGAGUCCCCUGAGUGAAACAGUGGCAGGACAGGUACCAGAAGCGGUGCAGUCUGAGAGGCCCCAGGCAAUUGAGGCUCCAGCCCCAGCCUCCGACGUACCAGCGCCCGUCAUUACCCCAAGCCCCACGGCUUCCAGCGCGGCUCCCAUCGUCCCUAACAACCCUAGUCUUGAGUUCGAUGAGACCAAGUCUUCUUCGUCAUGUGCGCCCAAUGUCACCAAGACUAUUACUGUUGCGGCGUCUUCUUCCUUUUCUACCUCUAGCUGCACGCCUAGCGUGACAGUGACUAUUACAGUUCCAUUCGUGCCGACCGCAUCCGUUCCUCUAAACUUGACGACUUCGAGCGCAGUGUCGCCGCCUGCGGGCAACAACACAGCCAGCCCGACGUUGCCAGUGUUCGAGGGCGCUGGUUCAGUCUACACUGUCAGCGGUUCAGUCUUGGCAAUGUUUGUGGCUGUGGCUGUCUUUGUCGGGUUGUAGGUGUACAUAUGCAUGCUGGCUGUGCCUUCUAUGUCCAUCUUAUUCGAUAUUAUGUAUAUACCCUUCUUGAUUAGAGACUUUUAUAUCCUAGAGUCUAGUUGCCAAACCCUUCAAUACAAACAAAUCUUACACUGGGUUAUUCUGUG